AUGUCUUCCCGAGCACCUCCCCCUCCACCCCCGCCCCCAGCGCCUAGCGGCAGUCGCCGCUCUGCUGCUGGCGAUCCUGUAUUGCCAAAGCCGCCAUCUGUUAGCCUUAAGGGGCCUGCUGGAGCAUUUCUCGUUGAGCUGCUUAUUUACAAUGGCUCCCCGUUCAAGGACCACUGGGCAUACUGGAUCUGUUCACAUCAUGACCUAGAAACCGGUGUCCUAGUUCAUGCGACCGGAGACGUUAGAAACGGAUUCCAGUUCGAGAUCAAGCGCAGCCAUGAUUUUCGCGCCACAGGAAACAGACCCAGCAAGAGGAUCCCGCUUCAGUGGGUAGACGGCGAAUACUUCAAUGAGGCAGCCAUGUUCAACCAUGGCAUACGCAAAAUUGAUACUCUACCAGUUUGCGCCUUUGAGGCUAGUCUUCACAAGAUCGAGGCUCCCGGGAAGACACUGAACACAGUGGAUGAUAAGACUGCGCCAGGAAAGAAAAUCACGCAGAGGAACUGUCAGACUUGGGUCAUCGAAUCCGCAAAUCAACUUGUUAUGGACAGUAUUCUUACACCAGCUGUCGUAGCAUAUCUUCGCGGCAUCGAGCAGUAG